UUCGAUUAAUUUCAAAUUUCGAUUCGUAAGUUUUUUUUUUGUGGUUCUGUUAGCGAAGCUUCGUGCUCAACAGGUAGCCACGGAGGUUUGAAAAUGCCGAUGACGGUUGUUCCUGGUCGAUUUACGCCGGCGAUUCUCUCGAUUGGUUCCCGUUUACCUUCCUUCAAGUACGCCGCUCGAGGAGUCGCUGUUUUCGUUCCCAGAUCAGCCGCCUCCAUCUCCGUCGAGACGAACUCGAGUGUGGAUUCUGUUGUGGAGAAGGAGAAGGACAUUCUAGCUUGCCCCAUAUGCUAUAACUCCUUAGCAUUGAUCAGCAAACCUAAUGGAUUAGUAGGAUCUGCCGCCUCUGGUACUCAGUUACAAUGCAAUACAUGUAAAAAGAGUUACUCGGGUAACGAGACGCAUCUUGAUUUGGCUGUUGCUAGUGGAAGCAACCAGUACACUGAACCAAUGCCUCUUUCAACCGAGAUAUUCAGGACUCCGUUAGUUUCCUUCCUUUACGAGAGGGGUUGGCGUCAGAACUUCAUAUGGGGUGGUUUUCCAGGACCAGAGAAAGAGUUUGAAAUGGCUAAAGACUACCUGAAGCCUGUUUUUGGCGGCAAUAUCAUUGACGCCAGUUGCGGAAGUGGGAUGUUCUCGAGACUAUUCGCUAGAAGCGAGCUCUUUUCUCGGGUGGUCGCCCUUGAUUACUCGGAGAAUAUGCUAAAACAGUGCUAUGACUUCUUAAACCAAGAAGAAAACCUUACUAACAAAGAGAAAGUUGUUCUGGUCCGAGCAGACAUAGCUAGACUCCCUUUUCUUUCGGGUUCAGUCGACGCAGUCCAUGCUGGUGCUGCUUUGCAUUGCUGGCCUUCGCCAUCCUCAGCUGUUGCUGAGAUAAGCCGUGUUCUUAGACCUGGUGGAGUAUUUGUUGCCACCACCUUCAUCUAUGAUGGCCCUUUCAGCUUUAUCCCUUUCUUGAAGAAUCUUCGCCAGGAACUAAUGAGAUACUCAGGUUCUCACAUCUUUCUGAGUGAACGUGAGCUUGAAGAUCUCUGCAAAGCCGGUGGACUCGUUGGCUUCACUCGUGUUAGAAACGGGCUAUUCAUAAUGCUCUCCGCCACAAAACCCAGCAGAUAAGCUCACAAUCUUUCUGCUGUAUAAAGCUAUUAACAUUGUAAAGAACAUAAUAUUGAAACCUCUUGUAAAGCUAUUUUGCAAAUGUUAUUAUUUACUAGGUUUCUUGUGAAAACUCGAUAUCUAUAUUUGAAUUUUCCGGAAGCAGUUCACGCA